CACACACUCCAUUUCUAACCAAAACCACAAUAAUCCCCUGCUUCUCACUCGCACACAAACAGAGACAGAGACAGAGACAAAAAAAAGAAAAAAAGAAAAAAACAUAAAAAGCUUCCGUUUUUUUCUCCCACUGAUGUUCUUCACACUUUUAAAAACACCAGCAGCUCGAUUUCACACAGUUUUUAUCUGGGGCUCUGUUUUCUUUCCAACCCAUUAAUGGCGGAAAAUCAAUCCUCUGGUCGGGACCCAAAAACAGCAGCAGCUACCACUUUUUCUCAGCUUCUAUUCUCUGCAAAUCAUGAUGAAGAUGAUGAUAUCGAUGUUGAUAAACACCAUCAUGUUCAUCACCAAAUCUUUGAGUACUCUGUUUCUUCAUCAUUCGCCAUUGAAAACCCCCCCAAGAUGCUCUGUUUCGGCACCAAACAAGAGCAAGAACAUCCCCAGCUGGGACUUAGAUCAGCCCACGCAUGCAGCGAUUCCGUAAAGAGAAAAAAUGGAUCAAACCCAGAAACAACCGCCAUUAAACCAGCUCCAUUGUCGAACCAGAAAGCUUCAAAAAAGACCAAACCUGAAGCUCCCUGUUCUGCCGGACAUGCAAAGAGGAAGGAGAAGCUAGGAGAAAGAAUCACAGCGCUACAACAAUUGGUUUCGCCGUUCGGCAAGACAGACACAGCUUCAGUUCUUCACGAGGCAAUGGGUUACAUCAAAUUUUUACACGAACAAAUUCAAGUCUUGUACAGUCCUUACCUGGACAAGAAUCAGCUGGUAAGCACUCUGUUUCAAAAAAAAAAACAGAGCAUUUUCCUGUUCUUCUUUGAUUUUAAGCCAUUUCUUCGCUUUGUUUCGCUGAAGGGAGGAGGAAAUGGGGACACAGAGGGGGAGCUGAAAGGGAGAGGCCUGUGUUUGAUUCCGGUGGAGUGUAGCUUGCAUUUGGCGAACUGUACGGUGGCGGACUUUUGGUCGCCGGCGAUGGCUAUGGGGAGGAAGCUCUGAGGAGGAAGGAGGGUUUUGGAGUUUGAUGUGUAUAUAGUUUUGAUGUUUUUUUUGAGUUAAAUGAAUCAGAAACAGAGCAGAAGAAGCUGUAAAUCCAGAGUUCUUUUUUUGAUGGGAAAGAAAUAGAUGUGAAAAGAUGUUCUUUUUUU